AUGACGAGAACCAAGGCCGCAGCUCGGAGAAUGCCAAGAUUGAGCAAGGAUCCCUCUGCCUACCGCACCAUCAAGAAAGAGCGCAAGGUAUCGAACGACGAGCAGCCGCGUACUGAAGGCCGCGAGGACCCGGGCGCCCAUGAGGAGGCCCAAGAGCUCCAUCUAGAACUAUAUAGUCACCAUCAUGCGCACAAUGGUAACUCGACCGCUGCCAAAGAGCUGAGGCAACAGCUUGAACCCUACACGGGGGGACGCAAGAAGACCGCAGCUGAGAAAGUGAGGAUCAAAGGGCACAAUGAUAAGAGAAGAGAGAGGAAAGAGGCCAAGAAGGAGGCGAAGAAGGGGCCCAAGAAGGAGGCGAAGAAGGGGCCCAAGAAGGAGGCCGAAGCUGAGGACGAGCAGAUUCUGUGA